CGGAAGUUGCUCCGAAGUUGCGCGUGCACACGUUUUGGAAAUCUCGUGGGUGAUUUUUGUUUCGGCUUAAAAAAGUAAAAAAGACGCUCUGUUUUAAAUACUUUAUUUUUAUUUUUAUUUUAUUUUGUAAGCUCCUGUCGAGUGAGCACCUGUAGUAAGGAGCUGAGAGGAGCAGCAUGGUUCGGGCAAGACGAGUCGUGCGAAGACCCAAAGCAAAUAAGGUAGAAGAGUAUGACAGCGAUGAUUCUGCCUGCUAUAGAAAUGAGGCAGUUCCAGAUAAGACAUCAUCCAAGAGUGUGCAGGAUGAAAUAGAGCAUUUCCACAGAGCAAAAAUCUCAAAACUUUUGGCUCAAGGCAUACAGCCGGACAGUGAGCAGGAAGAUGAAGCCGACGAGGAAGAGGUGAUGCCCCUGACCCUUGAGGAUUCAGAUGAUGAAGAGGACAAUAGCAGCAAUGAAGAACAAGAAGAGACUGAUAUGGAGAGUGAUCUAGAAGGAAAAAGGGAUGAUGAUCUGCCAAAUGACAUGGCCUGGGGGAGGAAGAAGAAGAUGUACUAUGACUCUGAUUAUACCACAAAAAAAGGGAAGCAGUUGGAGGAGAUAGAAGCAGAGGACAAGGAGGAAGAAGAGGAAGCCAAAAACAUUCAGAAACGACUAGCGGCCAACCUCAGUGAGGAUGACUACGAUUUAAACCUGCUCCAGGACUUUGCAGGUGAAGUGGAAGCUGAGAAGACUGAAAAGGUGGAAGAGAAGGAGCAGAGGAUCAUUAAAGACCUAGACACAAUGUCCCAGAAAGAGAAGCUCAAACUGCUGAAGAAGGAGAGUCCAGAGCUCCUGGAACUUAUUCAGGAUUUCAAGGCUAAGCUGACAGAACUGCAAGAUGAGAUACAGCCCAUUGUGCAGAUGAUAAAAGAUGGACAGAUUCCACCAGGAAAGGGGACAAAUUACCUCAUGACGAAGCAGCAACUUUAUCUGAACUAUUGCACAAACAUUAGUUUUUAUUUAGUGUUAAAAGCCAAGAGAAUUCCAGCACAUAACCAUCCAGUGAUUGAGAGACUGGUGACCUACAGAAAUUUAAUCAAUGAACUAGGAGCUGUUGAUGCCAAACUCUCCCCUCAACUGCGCCAGCUGCUUACUGAAGGCCAGGGCAAGAGAGCACCUAAAAAAACACACAGCAGCAAAAAAGACAAGCUUGAGAUAUCAAAGGUGACAGCUGUGCAGGAGGCUGAAGUGUCCGACUCGGAUGAAGAGGCAGCCCUGCUAUUCUACAAAGGUGUAGAGGAGAGACUGAAGCUAAAGAGAAAGAACAAGAGGCUGCCAGAACAAGAGGAUGGGUUAAUGAUGGAGCAGCAGGACUUUGAAGAAGAAGAGAUGGAUGGAGAGGCUAAAAGGGGCAUUACUUACCAGAUGGCCAAGAACAAAGGACUCACUCCAAAGAGGAAGAAAAUUGACCGCAAUCCCAGAGUCAAACACAGGGAGAAAUUCAGACGGGCCAAGAUUCGUAGGAAGGGUCAGGUUCAUGAGGUUCGUCGUGAGGAGACUAGAUACAGUGGAGAGCUAUCUGGAAUUCGUGCUGGAAUUAAAAAGGGCACUAAGCUCAAGUGAUCUAUCAGUUUUAUCAAAAAUGAAAACUGUUCAGUUCGGGUAAAAACAGAUGUUUAUUUGUGAAUCAUUUGUUACAAUGUGCACAUCCAGGAAAUAAAAAAAAAAAUCAGUUCUCAAA